GCGCGGCAUCUCGGGAUUUGUAGUUCCCGGGCUAGAGCGACAUGGCGGCGGUGCGGGCUCUGGCGGCUCUCGGUGCAGCGCUUCUCUUUGCCGCUGCCUCUCAGGCCAGCAAAUACUCCCGAGAGGCCAACGAGGGGUUGGCGGCUGCCGGUGCCAAGCGGCGGGAAACCGGGGAGUUCCGGGUUGUGAGGCUGAACCAGGUCUGGGAGAAGGCGCAGCGGCUUCAUCUUUCUGCUGUGAAACUGGCAGAAUUGCACAGUGAUCUAAAAAUACAAGAAAAGGAUGAGCUAAGCUGGAAAAAACUGAAGGCUGAAGGGCUGGAUGAAGAUGGAGAGAAGGAAGCCAAACUCAGACGUAACUUAGAUGUCAUUAUGACUAAGUAUGGAAUGAAUGGAAAGAAGGACUCUCAGCUAGCUGAUACCAACUACAUUAAAGAUGGGGCAGAAAGUGAUACAUUAGAUGAUCCAAGACUGGAAAAAUUGUGGAGCAAGGCCAAGACCUCUGGGAAGUUCUCUGAUGAGGAGCUGGAUAAGCUUUGGCGAGAGUUUAAGCAUCACAAAGAAAAGAUUCAUGAAUACAAUAUUCUACUCGAGACUGUGAGCAGAACAGAAGAUAUCCACAAAAAUGUUAUCAGCCCAUCUGAAGAGAACUUGGUGAAAGAGGAAAUCUUGCACAACAAACACAGAGAGCUCAAGGAGAAGCUGAGAAGCAUCAAUCAGGGGUUUGAGCGUUUGCGGAAAGUCAGUCACCAGGGAUAUGAUACAACCAGUGAAUUUGAAGAACCAAGAGUGAUUGAUUUAUGGGACAUGGCCAAAUCAGCCAAUUUCACUGAGAAAGAACUUGAAUCUUUUCGGGAGGAGCUGAAACAUUUUGAAGCAAAAAUUGAAAAACAUCAUCAUUAUCAGAAACAGUUAGAGAUCUCACACCAGAAACUAAAGCAUAUAGAGGGAACUGGAGAUAAGGAUCAUCUGAACAGAAACAAAGAGAAAUAUGCCAUGCUGGAAGAAAAGACAAAAGAACUAGGAUAUAAGGUAAAGAAGCAUUUGCAAGACUUAUCCAGCAGAAUCUCUCAAGGUCUUCAACACAAUGAAUUAUAAAAAUUUGUUCUCCUUCAUGAGACACAAAAACACAAAAGAGGUAAUCUGUUUUUGAACAGGAUUUACCAAGGACUCCUUCUGAAAUAGAAAGGAUUGAACAGGGUUGUCCUUAAUAAAAAUUUUUUUUGGUCCACUUAAUUGCCAGUUUUGUAUUUGCACUCUCAAAUUAAAUUAUUAGAUUAGAAAAGUGUUGCACAUCUUGGAUCAUAUAAAUCUUACAUCUGAAUCAAGUAGCAGCCUUUGAAAUAAGCAGUCAUCUCAAAAGGAGAAACCUGUCAGAGGUUUCCUGGUAGAAAAAACCAUACCAGUCUGAUAGUCAGCAAAGGUAUUCUGCUCAAUAAAAGCAAAUAGAGGAAGUAGAGGAAGUUAAAACAGGCCAGAAAAGUCUUUUAUUUCAGUGUCUAGCCUAAUCCAUUUCCUCCUGAAGGUAGUGAAAAUAUUUCUACUGACUGAGCAUAUUUCUACUGCUCUGAGCUGCACUGUGUAUGAAUCUUUCAUGUGAGAGGGGGAGGAAGAGUAAGGAGGGAACAAGUAUUGAGGUCAGUUGGCACAAUUUAGUUACAGACUAACACAUCUGAAGUUACUGAAUGUACAUUUACAAUUAUCUUGUUCAUGGUUGAUUGGUUUUGUUACAUUUAGUCAUUAAAAAAAAAUCGAAACAA